CAAUAACGAAUGAAGUACCACACCUCAACAUUUCGUGGGUUAGUUUAAAAACAAAUAAAACACCACUUUAAAAUUUUAAAUCAUUUUAAUCUCAUUUUAUUUUUAUCCAGAUUGACGGUUUUUACGUACACCACGGUUCUUUUCGGUAACCUAAUCGAAGGAUUUAAUGGCUGAAGAUAAGUAUAAUCUGAAGAAUCCAGCGGUGAAGAGGAUCUUACAGGAGGUUAAAGAGAUGCAAUCUAAUCCCUCCGAUGAUUUCAUGAGCAUGCCUUUGGAGGAGAAUAUAUUUGAAUGGCAAUUUGCAAUUAGGGGUCCGUCUGAUACUGAAUUUGAAGGAGGGAUUUAUCAUGGAAGAAUUCAGUUACCUUCAGAAUAUCCAUUCAAGCCUCCUUCCUUCAUGUUGCUCUCCCCAAAUGGGCGGUUUGAGACGCAGACGAAAAUAUGUUUAAGUAUAUCUGAUCACCAUCCUGAGCACUGGCAACCAUCGUGGAGUGUACGGACAGCUCUAGUAGCGCUGAUUGCAUUCAUGCCUACCAGUCCAAAUGGUGCAUUGGGCUCACUAGACUAUAAGAAGGAAGAGAGACGUGCUCUAGCAAUUAAAUCUCGUGACACAUCCCCUAAAUAUGGGAAUCCUGAGCGUCAAAGGCUCAUUGAUGAGAUUCAUCAGUAUAUGCUAAGCAAGGCACCGCCUGUUCCCCAACUAAGCCUCUCUCAGGAUUCUGAAGAUCACUCUACCAACAAGGAGGGCGAAGUCCAAUCAGGAUCCACGGAAGGAGGAGAUGUAAGCGGAGACCUUCCAAAUCCGGCAGAUGGUGAAAAUCUGGCAGUUGGUGAUAGGAUUGUUGAAGAAGUGGUCGUGGCUCAAGGUCCUGUCAAUGAGAAUCCUGGUACUGUGGGAGUUCGAGCUUCAACAGAGAUUCCUGCUAGAGGUUCAAGUGAGUUAUUGCAUAGGCCAGAGGCAAAGGUUCAGAAACCAGCCGGUGAUCACUUGUUUACAUUGGCUGCUGUUGGACUAACCAUUGCAAUUUUUGUUCUUUUGCUGAAAAAGUUCAUGAAGUCCAGUGGACAUGGUGCUGUGUUCAUGGAUGGUGGAUCGUAAACCAAGUGAUAUGUUCUGGAUUGGGAGUUAACUAUUUGUUACUCAUAGGGAAAAAGGAUAAAGAACAAAUCUGAACAAGACAGAAAUUCUACCGAGUUUUCCAUUUAGAAUUGCAUUAUUUGUAAUAUAUUAUAUUUUUCUAUUCACAUGCUCAAUUAUUGUAAGUAAUAAUAACAUUUGAGAAUUGGAGCAUGGCUACAAUUUGUAAGUAUUCUUAUGUCUUUAUCUAAUUAUUAUCAUACA